CAAAUAAAAUACCUCUGCUUCCCAAAAUCAAGACUCUGUUUUUAAUUCGAGAGCAGAAGAAAUGCUAACCCUCGGAAAAUUUCAGCACAGCCCUCUUAUCCACAACUCCGUCGUACCACAGCAGCAGCAUCUCCUCCAAUUCUCCUCCAAAACCCACCUCUCAUUCCCCACCCGCCUCGAUUUCCACGCCGCCGUCGGAAAAUUACAGAAUGGGUUCUUCUGUAGCGCGGCGAAAACCAACAAGAAGAAGAAGGGCGGCAGCUCCACCGCGGCAGAAAUCGACGUCGCCGAUGAAAUUGAAGUCGGAAUCGACGGCGCCGGUGAGUUUGACGAUGAUUUUGACGACGAGUUCUCGGAUUUCGAAGAAGACGGUGAGUUUGACGGCGACGAGGACGAAGAAGACGGCGACGGCGAAGAGGUGUUUGUUCCGUUAGAGAAUAUGAAGAAGUGGCUAGCGAGUAGGCCGAGUGGAUUCGGUGAGGGCAAAACGUACGAUACUUCCGUUGAGGAUAAGCUCGUCGAAGAAUUAGAGCAGAGCAGAAAAGCCCAGCUCGCCAAUUUGAAUAAACUCAAGCAUGGCUCUGUAAACCCUAAUCCCAAGAAAGUAACCACCAAUCAAGAUAAAGGCUCUGCGCAGAUUGAGGAUGGGUUUCGUGUGCGUUUGGUCAAUCUUCCGAAGAAGAAAAACAUUCACCGGGAUUUACAGUUGGCGUUUAAAGGCACCCCGGGAUUACUAAGUAUAGUCCCGGUUGUUGCUGGGAACGAGAAAACUCGUGAUCCGGUGUGCAAAGGAAUCGCUUUCGUCGACUUCAAGUACCAAGACGAGGCACAAAGGUUUGUGGAGAACUAUUCUGGUCGAAGCAUAAGUUUCGGAAAAGUUCAAAAGCAGUUAACAUGUGAAAUGGUGAAUCCCAAUUUUCCGAAGAAGUCCGCGAUUGCUAAACCAGUUGAUGUGGGAAAUCGCAUCCCUCGAAAACCUCUACUCAAAUUGAGUGAAGAACUCGAUGAUGUUCUCGAAACUGAUGUUCCGCUGUUGCGUUCACUGGAGGAAACUGUACCGAAUGAACUUGAUGGAGAAUGGGAAGAUGAUGAUGAUGAUGAUGAUGUCGAUGAAAAAAUCAACGCAACUUCAGCUUUCGAUUCUGCAGUCAUUUCAUCGUCCUCGAAGAAGAUAAGUAAACCCGAAAAGAAAGAGAAAAAGGCAGCAUCUAAAACGAAGAAAGAAGGGGUUCCGAAAAUUAAAAAAAUCAACGCAGCUUCAGCUCUUGAUGACUCCAAUAUAGCUCAAGAACUCGAUGGUGAUUCUGCAAUGAGUUCAUCCUCUUCAAAACAGACGAGUAAAAUCGACAAGAGUGAGAAAAAGGCAGCAUCUAAAUCUAAGAAAGACAGGAAUAUUCCGAAAACGAAAAACAUCCUAGGAUCUGCCUCUAGGUUAAAGGUAAGAGACAAGGCGGUGCUUACGGGUGUACUGUCCAAAUACGGGGCGAAAGCUACUUUGGCUGUAAAAGAACAGGCUCGAUAACCGACGAUUCUUAGGAAAUUUUACGUUUUUUUUUGUAAUGAUAUUUUAACAUCGAUAAAUGGUUAGUAUUGUAGCUUCAGGUUUGUGUUCAAUUUCCAACUCAAUAGAGUUCAAAUCGAUUUAUUCGAACUUGCGCACUUGAUAGUGAUACCCGAUGAACUUCAACAAGUAUAAUUUGAACCGUAUAUAUUACUGUCAAUCAUUUACUUUUACACA